GUUGAUUUGGCACAGUUCACUUCGUCUUGGUGAUCAGACAACAGCAGUCUAGCUAAGAUCAACUCAUAAAUUAGCUGAGGUACCAUGGCCCAAAAGUUUUGCAUUGCCCUUGCCCUGUUGGCCGCCUUUGUGGCCAUUCAGGCAGCUCCCUUCCAUGGCCACGAACACCAUGGCCAUGGUGGAGCCACCAGUCACGCCUCCGUCCAUCUGACAUCCCACGGCGGUGGUCACGAGGAGCACCACGGAGGUCAUCAUCACGAACACCACGGACAUGAGGAUCACCACGAUUCGCAUGCCGAGUAUGACUUCACCUACGGUGUUAAGGAUCACAAGACUGGCGAUGUUAAGGAGCAGAGCGAAUCACGACAUGGGUCAAAGGUCACCGGACACUAUGAGUUGAUCGAUGCCGAUGGCCACAAGCGAACUGUCCACUACACCGCCGACAAGCACAAGGGCUUCGAGGCGCAGGUGCACCGCGAGAAAAUCCACGGACACCACCAGGUGGAGCACCACGGUCACGGACACAGCGGCUACGAAGGCGGACACGUUGAGUUCGAGGAGCACUCCUCCCACUCCGGCGGACACGACUACGGUCACGGCGGACACGAUGGUCACGGUUAUGGCCAUGAUCAUGGACACGGUCACGAUCACGGCAGCAGCUCGCACAGCUACUCGCUGAAGCAGGAUCACGGACACGGCCAUGGACAUGGACAUGGUCACAGCUCUGGCCACGAGCACGGACACGGCUACUGAUUUCCCCCUUCAGAACUCCUAAUUGUUUUUCCAUUCCCCAUUGAACUAUUACCAAAUACCUAUGUUGUUAUACCAAAAUA